AUGCUGCUCGAAAUCAGUUCUGGACAGCCUGUUGAGCAAAGACGCAAAGACGACCUACCGGCCAACAACUUGCGUAACGAUCAGUCCGACCUCCAGCUGGCAGACAAAUGGCUGAAGGAGCAACAAUCCGGCGGGAGGAUAUUCAGCGCAUUCGCACAGGCUGUUCUGACCUGUCUACAAGACUACCUCAACCCCGACGCAAAUUUCGCGGACGACGGAUCCUGUGCGGCCUUCGAGGCAAAGGCUCUGUUGCCGCUUGAAGAGGAAAGGGAGUUUCAUCCUCGGUGGACCUCCUCGGUAAUCUUCGAAUGGGGGUAUCAUGAAAGAGUAAAGUGA